GAAUAAUCUCGACAUGUGUGAGUUACUGGAGAGGGCAUGAUUUAAUCUGCAUGCUGUCAUUACAUUGUUGCAAUUUCUUAACAUGUUCCCUCGACACUUAACUGCCUUUUCCCUCACAUUUGACUAAAGCUGACAUGAGCAUUACAGAGGUGCCCAGUGAAAUAGGUAAUCUAAGCUCUCUGCAAGAGCUUAAUUUAGGUGCGUUGUUGGAUCAGGCAAUGAUUCAUCUGCAUGCUGCCAUUACAUUGUUGCUCUUCCUCGUUAUGUUUCCUUGACACUCAACUGCCUUUUCCCUCACCAUUUGACUACAGGUUAUGGCAGCAUUACGGAGCUUCCCAGUGAAAUAGGUAAUCUCAGCUCCCUUGAAAGGCUUUCUUUCCGUGAGUAACCGGAGUGGGAUUUAUUUCAUCUGCAAGCUGUUGAAUCAUUGUUGCAAUUUCUUGUGAUAUUUCCUUGACACUCAACUGCCUUUGCCUCCACCAUGCUAUUUCAGAAGAAGAGAAAAUCACAGAGCUUCCCAGUGAACUAGGUAAUCUUAGCUCCCUUCGAGGUAUCUUUGGAGGUAUGUAAUCGGAGUGGGAAUUAUUUCAUCUGCAAUCUGUAUCACCACCGUUGCAACCUUUUAUGUUUCCUUGACACUCAACUUCCUUUGCCUCAAUCAUGUGACUGUAGCUUCCAACAAACUUACAGUGCUUCCCAGUGAAAUUGGUAAUCUAAGCUCUCUACACGAACUAUAUUUCGGUGCGUACUUGGAACAGGCGAUGUUUCAUCGGCAUGCUGUCAAUUCAUUCUUGCAAUUUCAUGUUUGGAUUCCUUGGCACUCAACUGCAUUCUCGUCCGCUAUGUGAUUUCAGAUAGGAAUCAAAUCACGGAGCUUCC